UAAAAAAUAUUGAAUUUCUAAACAAACAAUAAAGCCACAAGAUUAGAAACAAAACAGUUUUGCAUUCAAACCCAAUAAUCACAACAACAAAAGAAAUAAAACAAAAAUCUUGAAAUGAAUUUCAAUGUGAAAUUAUGCGAUAAUUUUAGUCGUUUUGUGGCUAUUGUUGAAAUCGGACGUUAGUUCUUUAGAAGAAAAUCAAAACUAAUUUUAUUUCGAAAUGAAAGUUCUUUUAAUUUUGUGUAUCAUUGGUACACUUUCGAUUGGGGUGUUGGGUCAAUUCAAAACCGGUAUUAAGACGCGUCAACCUCCCAAUCCGCCACAACAAUCGGAGCAAUUGAAUUACAACCAUCAAGAGGAGUUCAAUUCGCACAGCCAAUACCAGGGUAGUGUCUAUGAGCGUUACAAUGGUAAUUUCAAACCUGCGGAAUAUUAUCAAGGAGAGGCAUUGGUGAAACCUGAACCAUCUCCUCAACCCCAGAUUUUGGAUGCAACUGCAGAAUUUAUUAACAAGACCAGGGCUGGCAUUGCUUCGGGUAUUUGUUUUAAGGAAGUACCCACCUCAACGCUGGUGAAAAAUGGCCAAGAGCCCGUCAGCAAUGGUACCGCUCCCGGUAUGAGCACCAUACAGGUCUGCUGUGAAGGUUACGAACGUAAUCCUCAUGUCUUCAAGCGAUGCGAUCCGAUCUGCGAGGAUGAUUGUCCCAAUGGCAUCUGCGUAGCGCCCAAUCAAUGUGUCUGUAUACCAGGUCAUGUUCGCAACUCAUUAGGUAAAUGUGUCACCACGUGUCCAAUUGGUUGUGAAAAUGGUGUAUGCUCCGAUGAUGGUCAGUGUCAGUGCAAACCUGGUUAUAGCUUGGAACCCAAACAGGGAAAAUAUUGUGUACCCACCUGUGAGAAUGGCUGUCAAUUUGGCAAAUGCAUUGGACCCAAUCAGUGUGAGUGCGAUAAAGGAUAUCAUCUAACCGGUGUGGGCACAUGUGAACCGCAUUGUGAGAAUUGCCUGAAUGGCAAAUGUACCGCACCGGGUUUGUGCAGCUGUCACACGGGCUAUACCAAGGUGGGCGAUGCCUGUGAGCCGGUGUGUGCUCUUGGAUGUGACAAAGGUUUCUGCAUUGCCCCCGAUACCUGUUCCUGCCCUGUGGGUUCGGAAUUGGACCGUUCUGGUAUUAAAUGCAAUCCCCGCUGCGAUAGCCCUUGUGUCAAUGGGGUCUGUGCCAGCCCAAAUAAAUGUGAAUGCGAACCGGGGUAUGUCCCCGAUGACAAAGAUUCGAACAAGUGUGUUCCGCACUGCCCUCAGGGUUGCCCCAAUGGAUACUGCUCGGCACCCAAUUUCUGUUCCUGCAAUCCUGGUUUCAUUAAGAGCGGGGUGAAGGGUCGCCACUUCUGCAACCCAGCAAACAAUCUCUCAUGUAAUGACAAAAACAAUGGCGAGAUAAGCCGAGAUUUUUUACAACAAAUAUUUUAUUUAAAAACAAAUACCAUGGAGGCCAUAGACAUUUUCAAAAUUUUAUUAAUUUUAAUAACUGAUCUCAGGGUUCAGAAUCAUUUGGUGAAAUGUCAGGAGUUAUAUGGUGACAUAUAUCCCAGUACUCGAGCGGAACUGAAUUUAUAUUUUGAAACCCAGCACCAGGAAAAGCGGUGCUAUGAAGAUUUACCGGCCUCAUUUUUCCAAACCAAGGAAAAUCAGCCUUUGCCUGGAAAUUCCUCAAUACCUGGUCAUCUGAGUUUGGAAAUUUGCUGCAAAGGAUAUCGCCGAGACCCUAAGGCCCCAGCCACCACUCCUCCGAAGUGUAUACCCGACUGCUCCAAAGUCUCAGCGGAUAAUUGCCGUAACGGUUUCUGUCGCUCACCCCAGCAAUGUGAGUGUUUUGAGGGCUUUGUAAAAAAUACGCUGGGGAAAUGUGUCCACAUUUGCCCGGUGGGCUGUGAAAAUGGACGAUGCCUGCUGAACGGUGUUUGUUUGUGUAAUCCUGGCUAUAGCCUAGAUCCGGAGUCGAGGAAAUAUUGUGUACCCGAAUGUAGCCACAUACCAUGUGGUUUGAAUCAAUUUUGUGCUGCACCGGGAGAAUGUCGCUGCCGGCAGGGAUAUCAAUGGCUGGAGGGUUUGGGUUGCCAGCCCGUAUGUCAACCCCAUUGUGGUUAUGGCCGCUGUGUGGCACCCCAAAAAUGUGAAUGUUUUCCGGGCUACAUCAAGCGCCGGGGGAGGGAAAUUUGUGAAUCAGAAUGCUAUGCCAACUGUGCCAAUGGCUUCUGUGAGUCACCCUACAAAUGUCAAUGCCAUGUGGGUUUUACCUAUGAUCCCCAAAGUCAAAAUUGCCUACCCCUGUGUCCAGAUGCCUGUGAGCAUGGCGUGUGCCUAGCACCGGGCAUAUGUCGAUGUUUUGAGGGUUACUAUCUUUGGUACAAUACCUGCAAGCCGAUCUGUGAAAAUGGCUGUGGCCUCUAUGGCCAUUGUGUGGCUCCAAAUAUAUGUGCCUGUGGUCCAGGACAUCAACAUUGUUUGGAUGGUGGCAGCUGUAGUCCAAGGGGUCAUUGUCAGUGUCCCCAGGGUAUGAAUCAUUUUAUUGAUCGUUGCAUAUAUUCGGCCACAAUGGAGAAUCUGAUUUUUAGCAUGGCUGAGAGGAGACAUUUCGAUAGGGAAUUGAAAAAUGAAUUUGAGGCUAUUAUUGGUCGAAUGUUUCAGUUCUAAUUUUGGGGCCAUGGA